GUACAAAUACCUAUGGACAACAAGAUAAUAAGCAUAAAACGCAGAUAUUGUAACAUGUAUACAUACUUGAGGUGCUCCAAAGAGUGUGGAUUCUUGGGCUUCCAGAGCCCUCCUCCAAACCAGCUUCGGCUUCGAAACAUUUUUUAAUUAUAUUGCGAUCGCAUUUGGGUGGUGGCCUGCGAUAAAUUCAUUUUUCGCUAUCUUUUAUCGCUAAGGAAGAGUAUCAAUCUUUGUUAAUACGAUUAGGAUCAUAGGGGUUUUUUCAUGCGAAUCCUUGCGCAUUGAAAUCUUCGUAAACGUCGAAACAAUUAUCAAAAUAGAGCCAAAAGUCAACACAUUGUUCAGGUUAGACUUCUUGUUUUCGCAUUGAGCAUUCUUAUCAUUGUUUUAAUAACUAAUUACUCUGUUACUUGCAAAUUUACACUUACUUUUCUUAUACAUUUUUUUCUCGUACCAUAAACAGUUUUUCGAGGUAAUGUUAGAUCACACACGUAGAAUUUUGCGCGACGCAAAACGUAGCCCAGCCUCCAUUACUGAACGGACUAUGGAAUCACAUGUUAGGUUACUUCGUUGUCAGUUGCCGUUAUUAUUUCUAUAGAUUUCGUGUACGAAAGUGCGUUAAAUAUGAAUCAAAGUGUAUUUCCCUUUUUGCGAAUCAAAAUUUAUUUAGAUUGUACCUACCAAUACGUAUGAAACAAAGUUGUCAAAGAACGAUGAAAACACGUCGAUACUAGAGCAGAUGAGUUUAUUGACAAUUAACAACAUACGUGCCAGAAUAUCUAUAAUUAAGAAAUUUCAAAUGAAUCAUUAAUCAUGAGAGUGCUAGAAUUAUAUAGUGGUAUCGGGGGAAUGCAUUACGCGUUUCAAGAAAGUGGUGUUAAUGGGGACUGUGUUACAGCAAUUGAUAUAAACACUGUUGCAAACGAUGUGUACAAACACAAUUUUCCACAUGUUUGUCUCAUGAAUCGCAAUAUUCAGUCAAUUACUGCAGAUGAAAUAAAUAGUCUGCAUAUAGACACUAUAUUAAUGAGUCCUCCUUGUCAACCAUAUACAAGGAUAGGCCUCCAAAAAGAUGUAUCCGAUAAUAGGUCUUCUUCAUUACUCUAUGUACUUGAACUCAUACCAAAAAUAAAAACAUUAAAAUAUAUCUUGCUAGAGAAUGUAAAGGGAUUUGAGAAGUCUGAAAUGAGAAAUGCAGUAGUAAAAUGUCUGAAUAAUUCCGAGUUUUAUUACAGAGAACUGAUUUUAAGCCCUUGUCAGCUUGGUAUUCCAAAUAGUAGACACAGAUAUUACCUGUUAGCCAAGAAAAAGAAUCUCAAAUUUUGUUUUGAUAAUGCUACAUUAAAUUUUGAUCUACCAGAGAAUAUUUUAAAAACUUUAACAAGGAGGAAGCAUAAAUUCUUAGGAGAAAGAUGUAUUCAAGAUAUGGAGAGUAAUAAGGAUUGUUACGUGUUAGAUAAAAUUUUAGAAAAUGUUGAGGAUGUACAGUACCUGGUACCAAGUAAAUUAUUACAAAAGAGAGCUUGGGUGUUAGAUUUAAGAACCUCUGAAAGUAGUGGUUCCUGCUGUUUUACAAAAGCUUAUGGCCAUUAUGCAGAAGGUACAGGAUCUGUGUAUUGUCCAUACUCGGAAGAAGUGAUUAAAGAAGCAUAUUUAGCAGCGAGUAAAUACGGUCGCGAAACGUUAGAAGCAUUAGAGAUACUAGAAAAAUUGAAGUUGAGAUAUUUUACACCUAGGGAAAUCUGCAGACUAAUGUGUUUCCCAGAAGAUUUUACAUUUCCUGAUCACAUCACAAAAAAACAAAAAUACAGACUACUAGGUAAUUCAAUUAAUACAUAUGUAGUUAGCAGAUUAAUAUUCUUAUUGCAUACUGAAAAGCAAUUUGUAUAAAUCUAUACUACAGAAGUACAAUAUUUUUCUAUAAAUAUAGAAAAUACUGGUGAGAAAAUGACAGAUUCAAUUACAUAUUCUAUGUAAAAACA